CGUGGUCGUGGACAAGCGUGUCAACGACAGAACCUUCAUCUAUCUCUAGGAGCAAGCUACCGCACACGGCUUCACUCACUCCUUGAAACUUGGCGUCAGCUGGCAUUACACGAGGAUACCAUGUCCAGCGGCAAUGUGGAACUCCUGGGCGACAAUGUGGAAAUCCUGGAUUACGAACCCGAGGGCGAGGCUCCCACCGCAGAGCAGUCUCCAGCGGCCGGACGAGAUGUGGUGCGACGGUCUUGCCGGGAAGAUAGCAGAGGCGGAGGCGCGAGAGCAGGCGAAGCGCGAGGACGCGGAGCGCUUGGCGGAACGGGAGGCUGCUCUGGCUGCUGCGGCGAGGAAGCAGGAGGAGAGCGUGAGGCUGUUCGGGCUGCUGCGGCGAGGAAGCAGGAGGAGGAACGUGAGGCUGCUCUGGCUGCUGCGGCGAGGAAGCAGGAGAAGGAGCGUGCGGCUGUUCUGGCGGAGCGUGAGGGGUACCUCCAAGCGGCGAGGGCGAAGCAGGGGGCGCUCCGAUCGCGGCUGAAGGAGCUGCAGCCCCGCCACCAGGACCCGCGAGCAGUCCCCCACUCCUGUCGCCGUGUUAUCGCCCCCCCCCCAACGCAAUCCCAGGUGCACCUUGGUCCCCAUCGUACCGCCUCGCCGCACGAGAAGGAGCGGGAGGUGGUGGCUUCUCCGACGAACGAGAAGGAGCGGAAGAGGACAGCGACUCCGGAGUUUUCGGUGGCUUUGGGUCUUUGGCCGGUGCUGAAGACGGAGCAUCGUUUGCGGCGGCAACCACGGUGUACGAGUUCCACGUUGGAGAUACAGCGUUCCUGUCCCGCCCGCUGGAUAUGCCUGCAGAAGAUAUCACGUUCCACGAUGAGGACAAAUUGGCAGCUCUUUUUGCAUGGGCUGGCAUCAAACAACUUGUCCGUGCACAAUUCCCCCCACCGCACACCGUUGCUCUCGGGCAUAUCUAUCACACCCCGUACCUCGCGAAACUUCCGCCUUCUUCGCAACAGUCCGUGUUCCAGCUGUUGUUGACUCUCCGUCGUGCCACCUGUCAUGAAGGUCCUCAAGGAACGUCGGUGGUGACCCAAGAUGGAGGACUCCAGCUGCCUCUUGCUCGUGCUGCCUCGACCAACGACUUCGAGCACGAUCUACAAGCCCCCCGGCAAGCCUCUUCACGCCCUGCGCAUGGUUCUGGAGAGGACAAGGACUUCAGUGGGUCGGCGGUUCCUGUGCCCAAGAGCUGGAAGAACCGUUGGGGCGACCGGGAUUCGACGGCCAAGAGCGGGACGGACGACCACCGCCGCUCCACCCAGUCUUCGCGAGGGCGCGGCGUCGGCGAUAACAGGCGAGGGCGAGCCGUGGGGAACCAGCCUACCAGGUCUUCGCCGGCGAGUUGCCAUCGCCUGAGCAGGAGUCGGAGCGCAGAACGUCAACAGCGCACCAAUCCUUAGUCUAGGCAUGGGCGCAGCUGGAGCGGAGACCGUCGUGGGAGAAACACGCCUCCGUCUAGGCGUAGCCGGAGCCAGAACCAGAGCGAGGGCAAUAGCAGGGCGACCAGCACUGACAGCAGUCGCGGCGGAAAAGGGGGACGGAGGUCAGGCCACGGUAGGAAACCACCUGCGCAAGGAACCGGCAGGGCCCUCGACGUACGCCUUCUUCAUCCAGA